CGGCCGCGGGCUCCAUGGGAAGCGCCCGACGGGCGCCGGAGUUUCGGCCCUGAUCCGACGUCGGCCCGGGAGCCCGAAUACAUACAGCUGCUUUGGAACACGCCUCUAUUGGAUUUAAUACACGCCCUGAAAAAAGACAACUUUCAACUAUGGAAUCGACGGUUGAUGAUGAAGCAAUGGCAGCAUAAAUGAAGAUCAAGUAAGGAAAGCAGAACGAUGCCCAAGGGUGGGUGUUCUAAAACACCACAGUUAGACGAUUUCUCUCUCAGCAACGACAUGGUGGAGAAACAAACUGGGAAAAAGGAUAAAGAUAAAGUUUCUCUAACCAAGACUCCAAAGUUGGACCGAAGUGAUGGAGGGAAAGAGGUGAAAGAGAGAGCUACCAAGCGGAAGUUGCCUUUCACUGUUGGAACAAAUGGAGAUCAGAAAGACUCGGAUACAGAAAAACAGGGUCCUGAGCGGAAGAGGAUUAAGAAGGAGCCAGCCACAAGGAAGCCCGGCUUGCUGUUUGGAAUGGGGCUGUCGGGAAUUAGAGCAGGCUAUCCCCUCUCGGAGCGUCAACAAGUUGCCCUUCUCAUGCAGAUGACAGCCGAGGAAUCUGCAAAUAGCCCAGUAGAUACAACACCAAAGCAUCCCUCUCAGUCUACGGUUUGUCAGAAGGGAACUCCUAACUCUGCCUCGAAAACCAAAGAUAAAGUAAAUAAGAGAAAUGAGCGUGGAGAAACUCGACUGCAUAGGGCUGCCAUCAGAGGAGAUGCACGGCGUAUCAAGGAACUGAUCAAUGAGGGAGCAGAUGUCAACGUGAAAGAUUUUGCAGGCUGGACAGCGUUGCACGAAGCCUGUAACCGAGGUUACUAUGACGUCGCCAAACAAUUGCUUGCCGCCGGCGCCGAAGUCAACACGAAGGGCUUGGAUGACGACACGCCUCUACAUGACGCAGCAAACAAUGGGCACUACAAGGUGGUGAAGCUGUUGUUGCGAUAUGGAGGGAAUCCUCAUCAAAGUAAUAGGAAGGGAGAGACCCCCUUAAAAGUGGCUAAUUCCCCAACAAUGGUGAACCUCCUCUUGGGGAAAGGCACCUAUACUUCUAGCGAAGAGAGCUCUACAGAGAGCUCAGAGGAAGAAGAUGCCCCGUCAUUUGCACCUUCAAGUUCUGUUGAUGGCAAUAACACGGACUCUGAGUUUGAAAAAGGCCUAAAGCACAAGGCCAAAAACCAAGAGCCACCCAAAACGGUUACCCCGGUGAAAGAUGAAUAUGAAUUCGAUGAGGAUGAUGAACAAGACAGAGUUCCUCCUGUUGAUGACAAGCAUUUGUUGAAAAAAGACUACAGAAAAGAAGCUAAAGCCAAUAGUUUUAUUUCUAUACCCAAGAUGGAAGUAAAGACAUAUACUAAAAAUAACACAAUUGCACCAAAGAAAGCCGCCCAUCGCAUUCUGUCUGACACAUCGGAUGAAGAGGAUACGAGUGUCACUGUGGGAACUGGAGAGAAGCUAAGGCUCUCGACUCAUUCGUUAUUGCCCAGCAACAAGACCCGAGAGCCACCCAAUACCAAGCAACAGAAAGAGAAAAGUAAAGUCAAAAAGAAAAGAAAGAAAGAGGUGAAGGGCAAAGAAGUCCGGUUUGGCAAAAAAAAUGAUAAGUUUUGCUCCUCGGACUCGGAGAGUGAGAACUUGGAGAGCGAUGAGGAUGACAGAGACUCUGUUCAGAGCUCUAGCUGUGUCAAGGACUCUGCUUUAGUGCUGAAGGACUCUUCUUUAUUCAGUUCCCUCUCUGCCUCUUCCACCUCUUCUCAUGGGAGUUUAACGUCACAGAAGCAUAACUCUAACCUUAAUCUCACAGAACAGCACUCCAAGCACUGGAGGACGGAUCAUUGGAAAACCAUUUCUUCUCCAGCUUGGUCAGAUGUUAGUUCGUUAUCAGACUCCACAAGGACGAGACUGACCAGUGAAUCAGAUUAUACAUCCGAGGAUUCCAGUUUGGAAUCUUUAAAGCCUGUAAGAAAGAAGCAGGAGCACAAAAAGAAAACUAACCCACACAGUACCGCCUCGGAAAAGAAGAAUUCGUUCCAUUCCAACGUGGAUGGGGCAAUUCCAAAGCUGGACAAGGAGGGGAAAGUGGUUAAAAAGCAUAAAACCAAACAUAAACACAAGAACAAGGAGAAAGGACAGUGUUCAAUUGCUCAAGAUAUUAAAAUAAUUAAAAGCUUUUCUUUUGAAUAUGAAGACUCGAAGCAAAAGUCUGAUAAGGCCUUAAUUUUAGAGAGUGAAAGUCCAAUUGAAAGUAAAUUGAAAGUAUUAAAGCAUGAGAGGGAGCAUUUCAAGAAAGAUGACAAGCUGCUCAAAGCUAAAUCUGAAGAAAAGGAGUGGCUGUUCAAAGAUGACACAAUAAAAGUCUCCAAAGAAGAGAAAUCAUCAAAGCGAGUCAAAGAGGGAAGUAAAGACAUCAGUAAAUCUUUCCGAGAGGAAAAAGACCGAUCCAGUAAAGCAGAAAAAGAAAAACCAGCGAAGGAGAAGUCUCCAAAAGAGGAAAAGCUUAGAAUACAUAAGGAAGAAAGAAAGAAAAAGUCAAAAGACAAACAGUCAAAAUCCGAGAAGAAAAAUGAUCUCAAAGAGGAGAAAGUCUCCAAGUUGGAGAAAGAGAAGACUUUCAAAGAAGAGAGAGAAAAAUUUAAAAAAGAAAAAGUUUACCGGGAAGAAUCUGGUUUUGAUGACUUCAGUAACAAAAGUCAGUUUCUGGAAAAUGACGACACAAAGUUCAGCCUUUCUGAUGACCAGCAGGAGAGGUGGUUUUCCGACUUAUCUGAUUCAUCCUUUGAUUUCAAAGGCGAGGAUAGCUGGGAUUCUCCUGUGACGGAGUACCGGGAAAUCAAAAAUGAGACGGUGGCCAAACUGAUCUUGGAAACAGUGAAAGAGGAGACUAAAGACAAGAAACGGGAUAAUAAAAGUAAAGAAAAGAGAGACUACAAUGAAAAACGUAAUGAUAAAGACCCUUUCUUGAAAAAGAAAGAAAGAGACUAUCUGGACAAAAACUCCGACAAGAAGAAAGACCCCAUUGAAAAACAUAAAGGCAUUCCCAGUUAUCUUUCCGAGAAAGACAGGAAGAGGAAGGAUUCUUCCGAAGGUGUUAAAGAUAGGAAAGAAAAAGACCUGGGUGAUUCCUGUAAAGAGAGAAAGGAUUCCUUUGAGGGCUCCAAGGAUAGGAAAGAUGCCAAAAUUAAGCAAGAGGAGCCCUACCGGGAUGAGCUGAAAGAAUAUGGGUGUGAAAAUUUCUUCAAAGACAAAUCCGACUCUGAAUUUGGUGGAAAAAAUUUGGAGACUUGGGAAAGGCAUCAUUCAGGAAAAGAAAAGGAGAAGAAAGAUGCCUCUGAUAAGGACAAAAAAGAGAAACUGAAACCAGAGAAAUAUAAGGAGAAAUCCAAAGACACUGACAAAGAAAAAAAUGAAAAAUCCAUCCUUGAUAAAAAUCAGAAGGACAAAGAAUUGGAUAAGGGUUUUAAGGAGAAAAAAGAUACUAAGGACAAAUACAAGGAUCUGCAUAACAAAGACAAAGAUAGGAAGUCAUCACUUGAUCAAAUUAAAGAAAAGAAAGAGAAAAAUUUCUCGGGGACCCUUUCAGAGGACUUCUCGGAAAAAAGAGAUGAAAAAAAGGGCAAAGAAAAAAGCUGGUAUAUUGCAGACAUAUUCACUGAUGAAAGCGAAGAUGACAAAGAUGAUUGCAACACCAGCGGGUUCAAAAUCACAGAGCCUGUUGGCGAAAUGCAGAGAGUGGACAGCGUGCAAGAAAAAGAUGAUAUCCUUCUAGAAAAAGAACAUUAUCCUGCAGACAAACACCGAAAGUACUCUUCUGAUAAGCAACACUUGGGAGAAAAGCAAAAAGACAAAGAAUCCAAAGAGAAGAAAAAAGAGAAAGGGUUAACAGAGGGUGGGAAGGAGAAGAAAGAGAAAAGCUCCUUUGAGAAGCAUAAAGAGAAGAAGGAAAAGGAUUCUGCCGAAAAAUAUAAAGACAGGAAAGAUAGGACCUCAGUAGAUUCGACCCAAGAGAAGAAAAAUAAACAGAAAGUCCCAGAGAAGGUAGAAAAGAAGCACUCCACUGAUGACAAGGUGAAAAGCAAGCAUAAAGAAAAGCCAGAAAAAGAGCAUUCCAAAGAGAGAAAGUCUUCUAAAGGAGGUGAGACAGAGAAAAGUCUCUUGGAAAAAUUAGAAGAGGAAGCCCUCAAUGACUACAGAGAUGAUUCCAAUGACAAGAUAAGUGAGAUCUCCUCCGACAGCUUCACAGACAGGGGACAAGAUCCAGGCCUCACUAGCCUCUUCGAGUCCUCCAACCUGUCCCUGACGGAUGCCUCUGAAGAAAAAUUCAAGGAUGUGCUUCCUUUUCCCUGCUUGCAAGACAGAUUGAAGGAGAGAGAAAGACACAGGCACUCCUCCUCGUCAUCAAAGAAAAGUCACGAAAGAGAGAAAGCCAAGAAGGAGAAAACAGAGAAAAAAGAGAAAACAGAUGAUUUUAAAGACAACAGCAACAGAAAAGACCCCACGCAAUCUGAAAAGGAUUACUCCUUAGACGGUGAGGCCUUUGGUAUUCCUUAUAACCUGAAAGCCGAAGUGGAAGACGAAUUAGACAAAAGCGUCGAAUUCUUUCCAACCGAAAAGAAAGAUAAAAAUGAUUCCGAGAGAGAGCUUUCCAAGAAGUCAGAAAAGGACAAGGUGUUCGCCUCAAGCACCCUUACAGUUAAAGAGAAAAAGAAGAGAGACAAACACAGGGAGAAAUGGAAGGAUGAAAAGGACAAACACAGAGAGAAACAUGUAGAUGGAUUCUUUAAGCAUCACAAAGAUGAACAGAAGUCUGUGAUCAAAGACAGCCCUCAAGUGAAUUUCUUUAAAGAUAAGUCAAAGGAGGAAAGCGUCAAACUCAGUGAAACCAAGUUAAAGGAGAAAUUCAAGGAAAAUCAAGAGAAAGAGAAAAGCGACUCAUUAAAGAUAAGUAAUGGCAACGAUAAGUUGCCCCUCUCUAAAGAAGCCGGCAAGAAAGACAGUCGGCCUAGAGAAAAACUCUUGGGAGAUGGGGAUCUGAUGAUGACCAGCUUUGAGAGAAUGCUGUGCCAAAAAGACUUAGAAAUUGAAGAGCGCCACAAACGACACAAAGAGAGAAUGAAACAAAUGGAAAAGCUGAGGCACAAAUCUGGAGACCCUAAAUUAAAAGACAAGAACAAGGCUUCUGAGGAUCUGAGGAAGAGGAGCCUCGAUUUGCCUUCCAAAAAGCCACUUGUGCUGGACUCUCAACUUAAGGACAAAAAGUUUAAGGAGCUAGGUCCGUUGACUCCAGUAUUGUCAGCCGAAAAUAAGACACAUCCCGUUGCCGGCACAGAGUCCAAAGACUGGUUAGCGGGGCCGCACAUGAAAGAAAUCUUGCCGGCCUCUCCGAGACCUGAUCAGAACCGGCCCACGGGCGUCCCCACCCCAGCGUCCGUGGUAUCCUGUCCGAGUUACGAGGAAGUGAUGCAGACUCCCAGAACUCCAUCGUGCAGCAACGAGGAUUACACGGACCUCUUUGAUUGCGCUGACUCUCAACACUCUAUGCCCGUGUCAACUAUGUCCAUGAAUGCGUGUUCACCGUCCUUUUUUGACAGAUAUGCCAAUGCUUCAGGGGGGCUUCCCGAGAACCCAAGUCAAACCCCCACCAGGGCCCUCUCCACCAAUCUGUAUCGAUCCAUCUCAGCUGACAUCAGAAGGACACCUGAAGAAGAAUUCAGUGUGGGGGACAAGUUUUUCAGGCAGCAGAGUGUUCCCGCCACAACAAAUUACGACUCUCCAGUGCAGCAUUUAAUGGAGGAAAAGGUUCCUUUGCCAUCUCUUCCGGCAGAAAAAUUUCCCUGUUUGUCUCCUGGUUACUAUUCUCCAGACUAUGGCAUCCCAUCACCCAAAGUAGAGGCCUUGCAUUGUGCGUCAGGGGCGAUGGGAAAUGUGGUCCAGUCCCCCGAGAGCGUCUUCUCUGGUUUACAAGCAAAAUCUUCCCCUUCUCACAGAGAUGAGCUUUUGGCCCCUUCCAUAGAAAGUGCUCUUCCCCCUGACUUGGGCCUCCCUUUGGACUCCACCGAGGAUCAGCAGGCAACGGCUUCCAUCAUGCCACCCGAGCCUAGUUUUCUGCCACCAAUCGAAGAAAGUUCUUUUAAUUCCGGCAUUUCAGAACCAAAUAAUAUUGACUGGACAAACCCUCCUAGAAACUCAGAACAGCCUCUCCCUCCAAGUUUAAUUGGUAGCGCCCCUGAAAACCCUGUCACCUGGCCCGUGGGGUCGGACCUGCUUAUUAAAUCCCCCCAGAGAUUUUCAGAGUCCCCUAAACCCUUCGGCCCUCCAGACCCCAUGCAUCCGGCCCCCGUUUCAUUUAUUUCUACGGAUUCGCCGUACCCAGUUUCUCCCAUUCCGUACCCGCUGGCCGCGUCUGAGCCGGGGCUUGAUGAGGUAAAAGAAAAUCCUGAAGAAGCUAUUCCAGGAGACUUGGCCCCCACAGAAGAGCAAGCUCCUUACAUAUCCCCUACCAGACUAGACACAUUCUUCAACAACUGUAAGCCUCUCCCUGAAGAAACAGCCGAGAUGCCUCCAGAACCUCCUGGCAUACCAGCUGAACCUCAGGUUGAGGCCCUAGGUCCUCUGGAAAAUAAUUAUUUGGAGGCCAAUAACAUUGCUGCCAUGAACCAGGAGGAGCCGGUAAGCUGGCCUGAUCCGUUUACCAAUCCGGAAGAUGACCUGGAUCUGGGUCCUUUCUCGUUACCGGAGCUUCCGCUCCAAACCAAGGACGUUCCCGAGGCCGAAAUGGCCGAAACCGAACCUAUGGAGGACAGUCCGGUCGCUGCUCUGGAGAGUGUUAACUUAGGGAAUCCCAGGAUCGUCAAUGGAAGUAUCUCUAUACUGGCCGCCGACGAGCAGGAGGAAUUGGCACCCGCUCAGUCGGUAACUCCGUUGUCUGUGGAACCGGAGCCCCAACCCGAGGAGCCAAAGGCAGAAGCCGUUUCUCCGGAAGCCCCGGCAGAAGCAUCGGGUGUACCGGAAGAAAAAACAUCAGAGGAAUUGGAAUCUCAAUCUUUCCAGCAAGCAGCCUCGGCUGACCUUGCUCAACCAGUUAACAAAGAGAUGGAAGCAAGUGCGGAAGAAUUGCUCAUGUCAAACUGUGCGGGGGACAACUGUGCGCAGAAUAAUCUGACCCAUGCAAACGUCGUGGAGGGUUCUGCCUCCCAAGACGGUACGAUAGGGAGCGGGGUCAACCAGGCCUGUUCCCCGCUGACGGAAACAUCCCAAGGGAAUGCCCAGCCAGAGACUAUUGAACCAACACCCAAACCAGUAGCAGAAGCUCCAAAGCCCCCCAGAAUCGAAGAGAUCCCUCAGCGAAUCACCCGGAACCGAGCCCAGAUGCUGGCCAAUCAGCACAAGCAAAAUACAUCCCCUUCUGAAAAAGAAUAUCUGCCCGUUUCCACCCCGGCCACCCGAGCCAAGGGACGAGUCACGGAGGAGGACGAUUCCCAGGCCCAGCACCCACGGAAGCGCCGGUUCCAGCGAUCCAACCAACAGCUGCAGCAGCAGAUCAACACAUCCACCCAGCAGACGCGGGAAAUGAUCCAACAGACUCUGGCGGCCAUUGUGGAUGCUAUCAAACUGGAGGACAUUGAGCCCUAUCACAGUGACAGAUCAAAUCCCUACUUUGAAUAUCUUCAGAUCAGGAAAAAAAUUGAGGAAAAAAGGAAAAUCCUCUGCUACAUCACUCCCCAGGCUCCUCAGUGUUACGCCGAAUACGUCACCUACACGGGUUCUUAUCUCCUGGACGGCAAGCCCCUCAGCAAGCUUCACAUUCCAGUGAUCGCCCCUCCUCCAUCCCUAGCAGAACCACUUAAAGAACUGUUUAAACAGCAGGAAGCAGUAAGGGGAAAACUCCGUCUCCAGCACAGCAUAGAACGGGAAAAGCUGAUCGUCUCAUGUGAGCAGGAGAUCUUGAGAGUCCAUUGCCGGGCAGCGAGAACAAUUGCUAACCAGGCAGUGCCUUUUAGUGCUUGUACCAUGCUGCUGGACUCGGAAGUGUAUAACAUGCCUCUGGAGAAUCAGGGAGACGAAAAUAAGUCAGUCCGAGACCGUUUCAACGCUCGUCAGUUUAUCUCCUGGUUACAAGACGUGGACGACAAAUACGACAGGAUGAAGACGUGCCUGCUGAUGCGACAGCAACACGAAGCUGCGGCCUUGAACGCAGUGCAGAGAAUGGAGUGGCAGCUGAAGGUUCAGGAGCUGGACCCGGCCGGGCACAAAUCCCUCUGCGUGAACGAGGUCCCCUCGUUUUAUGUGCCAAUGGUGGACGUCAACGAUGACUUUGUGCUUCUGCCGGCAUGACAGUACCAGACGGGGAGACGUUCUCUCUGAAGACUGGCAAGGGCUGGACCCCUCCUGGGCCGAUGGUGGAGUUCACAUUCAUCCUUAACGCUUGCUGAUGAAUCCCUGGUCAGAGGAGGAGGAGGCAUCUACCAACCGGAGAAAAACAAAACAAAAGAAACAAACAGGAAAAAAAAAAACCAGAAGAGAGAAUAGUUGCACUUUCUUCCCGACGUACCCGUCGCUUCCGGACUGAUGGCAGGCGUCAGGUAGUGGAAGCGGGGAAUGCAUCUCUGUUAGGAGCCGGCUGCCGCAGCAGGGUGCAAGCAGAGCGAGUCCGAACAGACGGCAGAGCGGUGCCUCGCCCCCGGCCCCGACCCACCCCCACCGAUCUCCCCUUCCCCGCCGGAGGGGCCGGCGGGGACCGAGGCCACGGCCUCUCUGGGCGGCAGGAGCUGCUGCUGAGCAGGGGAGGGGCGGCACAAUCAUGGUGGUUUCCGUAUUGGUGAAAACGGCAACUUGCAGGUCUCAGUUUUCCAUUUAACUGCAGAUUCAUUUCAGAGGAGUCGCAGUAAGGGAAUGCGUUUUUUAAUUUCUCGUUCCAUCAUGAGUAACUCGAAAUUGCAGACGGCGUCCAGCCUUGGCAGACGAGGAUCUCGAGGUAUGAAAGGUAAAGUCUCCAGGCAACACGUCCGAGGAUCCUUUCCCCGCGAAUCAUGAGCGGCCGGGGUUCACGGCUUCCCGCAGCCGCCGCCGCCGUCGAGGCCGCGGGAGCGUCUCUGGGCACGCGGCAGCCGGGACUGGUUCUCCGGGGCCGGAACCGGGGGAGCGAACCAGAGCCGGGACUUUUUCGAUUGUGUUUUUAAUGGAGUCAGAUCCAUGUGGUUUAUAUAUUUUUCCUUUAAUCUUGGGCAUUUCGUUUCUCUUUCUGAGAACAUAACUUGAAACACUACAGAGCCAAUACUCAUAUAAAAAAAAAAUGUAUCCCAUAAAUGCUGUACAGUUUUUAUAUACAUUAACAAUGUACUUUUGCUGCCUUCUAGAUAAUUUAUUUUGCAACACAUUACUGCACAGUUGUAAAUAACUUAUGUACUGUAACAUCACUUUCAGUUAUGUGUAAAGAAAUAAAUAAAUUAAUUAAAAUGAUCUUUGUAUAUGUAUAGUUCACCUUAGGCAGCACUUUCCCUUUCAAGGAAAAAUAAGGGCCAAAAUCAUAUGCAGGGUGCAGUAUUUGGAAGCCUGUCUUCUAACCUAAAGACUAGGGAACUCCACUUGCAAUUUCUGUUUUCGAGUUGUCACGAGGUUCACUUUUUCUUUGGAAUCAAUUCACUUUCUCCCCUUUCCCCCAUCCUCUAGGGUUAGGACAGUUGCAGAGCUACCCAAACGGAGCGAAAAUCAUGCGAUUCAUCAAACCGAAUGUUGCCGGGCUGGCUGGAGCGCCUCCGGCUAGAGAGGUGGGAGUGGGUGAGGGGGGUUGGCGGGCGGCGUAGCGCAGGGACUCGACCCACCCUAACGAAGGCCCAAGUCGGGAUGCCGGGAACUGGGACAGGCCCAAGCAGAAGCGUUUCAUCACUCCAGCUUCCUCUUCUUGAGCAGCUAGACUAUGGGAAAGGGGAAAUCAUUUGGACCCGAAGAGCCCAGGGAGGAGCAGAGACAGUCUUGUAGCUCGAUGUGGUGGGUUUAACUUUCUUGUCGUUGGUGACGGAGAUUCUUCUCAUUGAGGGGUGGGGCAGGGGUACCGCUUGCUUAAA